UGCAGGCCGGCUGCAUUGUGUGCAUUGAUGACCCCUGCUGAGUAGCUGCCUGUUCAUCCUCCUCCCCUCCCCUCUUUCUCUCUCUCUCUCUCUCUCUCUCUCUCUCUCUCUCCCCCUCCCUUUCUCUCUCUCUUUCUCCAUCGCAGCACCCAGCCCAGCCAUGUUUGGCACAGAAUCCUCGCUAAGCAUGUUCCUAAAUACUUUAACUCCCAAGUUUUACGUGGCUUUAACUGGCACUUCAUCAUUGAUUUCAGGACUUAUAUUGAUAUUUGAGUGGUGGUACUUCAGGAAGUACGGAACUUCAUUCAUCGAGCAGGUGUCUGUGAGUCACCUGCGCCCUCUGCUGGGAGGAAUAGAUAACAGCACUCCAAACAACUUAAACACAAGUAACGGAGAUGCAGACUCGAGUCGACAGAGUGUAUCAGAAUGUAAGGUAUGGAGAAAUCCUCUAAAUCUAUUUAGAGGAGCAGAAUAUAACCGAUACACGUGGGUUACCGGUAGAGAGCCUCUCACAUACUAUGACAUGAAUCUUUCAGCACAGGACCAUCAGACCUUCUUCACCUGCGAUUCAGACCACAUCCGCUCUGCUGAUGCUAUAAUGCAGAAGGCAUGGAGAGAGAGGAACCCACAGGCACGGAUCUCUGCAGCUCAUGAAGCUCUAGAGCAGGAGGACUCGGCCACAGCGUAUAUCCUGUUAGCUGAAGAGGAGGCGACCACCAUCGUGGAGGCAGAGAAGCUCUUUAAACAGGCUCUGAAAGUGGGGGAAGGCUGCUACCGCCGCAGCCAGCAGUUUCAGCACCACGGCUCUCAGUACGAAGCUCAGCACAGAAGGGAUACAAAUGUAUUGGUGUACAUUAAGAGGAGGCUAGCUAUGUGCUCCAGAAAACUUGGAAGAACAAGAGAAGCAGUGAAAAUGAUGAGAGAUUUAAUGAAGGAGUUCCCUCUCCUCAGUAUGUUCAAUAUUCACGAGAACCUACUGGAGUCCCUCUUAGAGCUUCAGAACUACGCUGAUGUACAAGCAGUACUUGCCAAAUAUGAUGACAUUAGCUUACCAAAAUCUGCAACGAUAUGCUACACAGCUGCCCUUCUUAAAGCCAGAGCAGUAUCAGACAAAUUUUCUCCAGAGGCAGCGUCUCGGCGAGGCUUGAGUACUGCAGAGAUGAAUGCAGUGGAAGCCAUUCACAGAGCAGUCGAAUUCAACCCACAUGUGCCCAAAUACCUCUUAGAGAUGAAAAGUUUGAUACUGCCUCCAGAGCACAUCCUGAAGCGAGGAGACAGCGAGGCCAUAGCGUACGCCUUCUUCCACCUGCAGCACUGGAAGAGAGUGGAGGGAGCGCUCAACCUGCUGCACUGCACGUGGGAGGGCACUUUUAGAAUGAUUCCUUACCCUUUAGAAAAAGGGCAUCUGUUUUAUCCGUACCCCAUCUGCACAGAGACCGCCGACAGAGAACUUCUACCAACAGUGUUUCAUGAAGUUUCUGUGUACCCGAAGAAGGAGCUGCCUUUCUUCAUUCUGUUUACAGCAGGCCUCUGCUCCUUCACCGCGAUGCUCGCUCUCCUCACACACCAGUUCCCUGAGCUCAUGGGAGUCUUCGCUAAGGCAUUUCUUGGGACUCUGUUUGCUCCUCUAAACUUCAUCAUGGAGAAAGUGGAAAGUAUUCUACCGUCUGGACUCUGGCACCAGCUGACGCGCAUCUGACAGGACGUGAAUUAAACACCCCAGUGCCAACCUCGUGGAACCUGCUGCAGCGCCAGGAGAGCAGGAGAAAUGAGAGAGACACAGGAAAACGGAAAAGGAGGACUGAGAUUUUCAUUCUAUUGUCUUUUUCCAUUUUUCUUGAUGAUGUAAAAAAAUGUUUUUUUCAGAGAGGCUGAAGAUAGCCUGAUUAAAGUAAAAAAAGAGCAA